CUAAAUGUCUUUAAAUUUCGUGUAUGUAGGCAUGAUGAUUGUUUGAUUUGAGUAGUUAUCCAUUAGAAAGAACUUGUGAAAUACGACCCUAGUGCAUCCUUGGACUUUACUUCUAUGAUAUGUUGUGUGCACGUUAGUCGCUCACGUUCUUUUGGGAGUAGCCACCGAACAUAGCUUGUAGUUGUUCUAUUCGAACACUAUUUUCUGACUUCACCACCGGUCUCCCCCUCCCCUCAUUUUGGAUGGUGUUUUAUGACUUUGGCCCCUAGUUGAAUUCUUCAAAGUAUACGUAUCGGGUGGGAGGUUGCAACACUUGCUAGUUUUUUAGAUUAAAUAAAAUUAGGUGUGUGGCAACGGUCCGGUGCGAUACAACCCAGACAAACCCAUAAAAACCACUAUCCAAUAGUAAAAUAAAUUUCGAGAACCAAAAAUCAGAGCAUCAUUACAUUCGCUCCGAUUUAGACCACUCAAAAUAUCAAUUUCGAUCAAGUUCUAUUCGAUGAUUAUAAAAAUUCAUGUAACAAAUAAUUGAAUAGAGUUAUAUUUGAUUCGGUAUAAUCUGUUCCGAACGAUUUCAUCUAAGACUAAUUUGAUUCACACCCCUUGCCCUUAAAUAAUAAUAUAAUAAAACUAUAUCAAAUAGUGGGGAAAGCUAAGAGAGAGAAAAGCAGUACCGUUUUUUCCCCAUUUUACCACCUGCCGGUAGGUAAACAAUAAUUGACCAUAUUAGCUUUUUGCCAAUUAAAGGCAGGGAUUUUUCCAGAAAUAGCACUGUUUAAAAAAAAAUUCCUAAAAUAGCACCUAAGUCCGAAAAAUUCCAAAAAUAGCACCCUUUUCCAAAAACCGCUCCCUACCAGUGCGGUUUAGGCGAAAACCUCCACCCAGGGGCGCGUUUUUCAAUGAAAACCGCACCCCCAGGGGGCGGUUUUGCAGACCGCACCCCCACCAUGCGAUUUGGUUGCAGAUCGCACCCCCAAGGAAACUUCAAACGGACGUAUCUUUGUGUUCGGGUAUCCAAUCGUCGCAAAAAUUUUUUUGAUUCCGCAUAAAUUUUUGAGAUCUUGCAAGCCAAAGGUGGAUUGGUCCCGCCUUCAUCCCAAAAAAUGUCGUUUGCUACCCCGAACGAGCUUUUUUCCGAUUUCGUCAAACUUUGGACAACCAUAACUUUGUGCUCCAAAAUCCAAACAACAUGAAUUUUUUUUUAUUUCACAUAACUUUUUAAGGACUACAACUUUUAUCAUAGACACAACUUUUAUGAGGUGUCUGUUUAUUCAUGAACGGAUCCUCUGCAGCACCUCAGCAACUUGUCCAAUCCUUCCUGCAACCAUAACAGUUACUUCUUUUGUUGCUAUGAGAUAUUUGUUUAUACUCUGACUUUGAGCUUGGCGGCAGCCUGGCUGCUCUAUGAAUUGUCCAACACCAAGUCAUCUCCCUUGCUAAUCUUUGUUCAUGGUAUAUAUUUCGCUGCUUACUGAGUGCUUCAUGGUAUGUGGUUGCAGUAGUCCUCAACAAGUAUCUUUCGGUUGGAGUUCCUUGUUUGCUAUAGGAGUUCAUUGAUAUGGCGUCGUUAUCUCAUGAAAACUGGGCUCAAGUUGAAGAACAUGAAGGCGUUCUAUACAUAAGAGCGAUUUUGAACCGUGGAAUCGGGGACUGCACAGUGCGUCAUGGCUGUGUACCGUAUACUUUUCAACAAGAAUUAAGGGCUUUUUCACGAGGAUGCAAUGCUCAGUGCGACUCUGUGUUGAAGAGCAUUACCCCAUAUGUUCGUGAUGCCAAAGUGUACUUCAUCUAUAACAACUACUCCUUUACUCUCAAUGAAAUCAACAAUUUGGAAGAUCGAAAAAUCGUCUCUAAUGGAAAGCUCACAGACAGUUUCCUAAAUUUAAUGAGGUACAAAGCUAAUAUUUCAAGUUUUUAUUAAUAUUAGUUUGGUUGGUGUGAUUUGCUGAAGUUUCGGUUUUCCCCCCAUUAAUAUUAGCUAAAAAUGUCUAUGUUUUAUAAUAAAUAGGAACAUACUUCUUGCUUUAGAAGAUAUGCACUAGGGGAAGAAUCUGAUACAUUGCAACAUAGCUGCACGAAAUAUUGUUGUUAUUGCAACUGGAGCUGAGUUUUGCGUCAAAUACACGGGUCUCGGAGAUGAUACUGUUAGGGGAGAUUGUGCAAGGUUUUAUUGAUCAUAAAAAGUCAGAGAUUGUAAUGCUUUGGCAGAUGUACUUACAACUAUAGUCCGUGACUCACUAAUUCCAGCUUCGUUGCCUCCAUUGUUUACUGCUGUUAUGGCACAAUUGAGGUGAGUUUUCUUUCCUUUUGUUAGUUAUUUAUCUCAUAUGUAUUAUUUGUAUUGUCUCUUAAAGGUCCGGUUUAUUUAUUUUCAUCGUCUUCCUUUGCAGAACCAUUGGGUGCAGACACUUGUCGAAUUCAUUCUUCUUCUUGCAGAUAAAUGCUUUCAAAUCAGCAUUCCACGGGUACUUGCCCAUUAGUCCCAAUAGUUGGAUAGAUCAAGCAAGCAAGAAUUCUCAACUGUUUGAAGUCUUAAAGUACCCAACAAAAAAGGAGUACGGCAACAUGGAUGCGUUUUCUUUUCUGCGAUUUUGUCGAAAUGCUAUUAUGCAUUAUCCGAAUACAGCCGAGGUACUUAUUAGUUAUUACUACAAUUCUAGAGUGGCCAAUUCAUUCUGUUCAUUUUUAAGACUUGAAUUGGUUACUAGUUAUUUUAUUUGUACAGGGCCAGAAAACCAGUUUUGAAGUUUAGUGGGAAGCUCUCUACCAAAUUUCACCAGACUUGAAUUGGUUACUAGUUAUUUUAUUUGUACAGGGCCAGAAAACCAGUUUUGAAGUUCAGUGGGAAGCUCUCUAUCAAAUUUCACCAGAUUUUUUCCUCAACUUGCAUGAAUACUUAUGUAAAAUUCAUAUCAUCGUUGUUGAGUAGACAUAUGAGAAAUGUAAGGUAGGUUUUUUGAGUAGAGCACCAACAGAAGGCUUCGAUCAGCCCGAAUCUUCCAAUGAUCUUUCGUAGUUUGCUGUGCUUAUCUAUAUACACCUGAGAUCUGUAUUAUGUCAGAAUGAUGUCAAUGAACUGGGUUGAACGGCUAGCCAGCUGUUUGUGUUUACUUCAGUUUCAUAGCCUUAUGCAAACGAGUAAUUCCUAUUGUAUUGCAUUUGAGUACUUGAAACAAGUUACUGAAAGUGGACUCUAUGGGCACCCGAGAUCUGUGUUGUGUCGGAAUUAUGUGAAGUGGAUUCUAUAGCUCCUUGAUAAGAGGCAACCUUCGAGUGUUGUUUUUAUUGCUGAGGGGUCCAACUUGUUCUCCCAUAAGAAUUCAAUCUUCGUUGAAGUUCGAGAUUCCUUCAACACAUCAAAAUUUGUGAAUUCCAUUUCUUGGUCUCAAGAAGGGCACUACUAUUUACCUUAAAGCUACAGAUGUUAAUGCACAAAUAGAAACCUACUGCUAUGAGAUCUGUUAUAUCAGCUGCAUUCUAUGUUUGCCAGAAAUUAAUAUCUUUUUGUUGACUGCUUAGUUCAUUGUGAAUGUCAAACCUGAUUUGGAUUUCUGUGGCUUAGGUGAGACAUCGUCGGAGGAAACAUCAUGGGAUAGAGGGGGGAAUACAUGUUGUAUUCUCUAUGGAAAAACCAAAAGCCAAACUGCUUUCAUUCAAGGGACCAAGUGGAGAAGAAGAAAAUCUUUCUGAUUAU